AUGGACUUGGAUGGCGCCUCAAGAAGCGUUGCCUUCACGUCGACUGGCCUAUUGGUGCAAACCACCUCAAUUAGUGGAAUCGUCAACCCCACGUUCCACGUGGAUGGCAACACGGAGCUUCAGCUCAGCACCAGCCUUUCCGAUGGCUCGCUUCCGACGGCUUACGCCUAUGUGGGCGCAGAGUGCAGCACGGCCUUCAGUGGCAGCACGGGAGAGCGCACCGCCGUGGAGCAGACCGUGCUAGGUGUGGUCAGCGGCGUGAUUAGCUUCCCCUUGGCGGUCGCGGGUCUUGAUCAAGGGAAGAUCUAUAGAGCCUGCAUCGAUGAAGACGGGCCAGGAGUGCAAGGCUUUGUUGACGCCGGGCCCCUCUACGCAACCGGCGUGACCAGUCUUACGCCUUCUGGUCUUGCCCGAGCAACCAACCAACAGAUUACGGUGACAUGCUUCGGAGUGUGUUCUACCGAUUCGAUGAUGUACUUGACCUUAAGCUCAUGCAACACCGCCAUCACGAACGGAGACGCAGGAGUUCCAACUGGCGAAGAUGCUGCAAGUCAGACCGCUGCUACUGCCCUUGUUUUCGCUGGGCCAGGCGUGAACAUAUGGACCUGGACGAUCGAUGCGACAAACCUGUCUCCAGGGCGGCAAUUCCGCGUUUGUGCAGACGUGGACGGUGCUGCAGGGACCAAGCCUUUCGGCGACACCGGCAGCAUGAUCUACACCUCGCCCUUCAGCGAGGUCCUCACCAAGGGCAUCAACGUUGCAACGUUGCAGACAGUGAACGUUCGCUGUGCAACCGGAUGCAGUGAGUCGACCCGGGUGUAUUUGGCACUGCGCUCCAUCACCCCUUCCAACCUCUACGUGAAGGUGUGCGAUAGUACGGUCAACGAUGGCGUCAUGCGAUCCAACGGCAACGAGAACACGGGCUCCGUGACCCUUGUGCACAAGAGUGGCGAUCUGUGGGCAGUGGAGAACAUCGAUGCCAGCGCGCUGAUCGCGGGUCGAUAUUACGGCCUUUGCACCGACGUGGACGGUCCGGUGGCCAAUCUGGCAUUUGGGGACACGGGCUUCAUGGUCUAUGUGAGCGGGUUGGAAGCGAUCUCUCCCCAGGCCAUUCGGCAAGCCUUUGCGCAGGAGAUCCAACUGACCUGCCCUUAUUGCAAUCCGAACAACGACAUUACUCAGGCUUACAUUGCACUAGAAUGUGACACCUCCUUAUACUUUGGCUUUAACCUACCAGCCACAGCUAGCGUGAACUCGCCCACGAAUCGCCUGCCUGGGCCUGCAGGGGUGACAGACCCUGACGCCACCAAGCUCUACAUUGAUGCCAGGACGUUGGACCUGGGCGGCGUGUACCACCUUUGCGUGGACUUGGACGGCAGCAACGCCAAGAUGGCAAUGGGGGACACCUCCUUUGUGGUCUACGUGACAGCAAUGACAUCUUUGAAGCCUUGGGGAAUAUUGCCGGCUGCAAAUCAGACAGUCGUGAUGACCUGCUCCAGUGGCUGUGUCACAGGUGUCUCCGUGGCAUAUGUCGGCACUGACUGCGACUACACCGUCAGCAACGGCGAGAUGACAGCUCUUGCGGGUACUAGGACCCCGCAUGCAAGCUUCAACAAGCCUGCUGAUCUGGCUACGGACGACUAUCAGGUGGACAUAGAUGCAGAAGGCAUGAUCCCUGGCAAGCACUACUCUUUUUGCACGGACUUGGAUGGCUCUGGCAGCCUGCCCUGGGGCAACAGCGACUUGCCCGUGUACGCCUCGCCGGUCACCAAGACCUGGUACUAUGCCUUCUACUCAUCAACCACCUCAGAGGUGAGGCUCAGCUGCGAGCUCUGCACCGUGGAAACACGGUUGUAUCUCAUUGAUGAGCAGAAUCUCUGCGACUUUGCGGACUUUGCUGGCCAGAAGACGGGCAGCGCCGACCAGGCAGCAUCGGUGGGUGUAAGCCCUUUCGGCGACAACACCGGCAUCGUAGUGGGGUUCCUGGACACCACAGCGUUGACCACGGGUCUUCGGUUCCGAGUCUGCAUCGACCUGGAUGGAGUUGCCACUGACUACGCCUUUGGUGAUGUUGGAUUUCAGGUCUACAUGGCGGCCGUUACUGCUUCCGGAGGCACCAUUUCACCUGCAAGCGGACAGGAAAUUACGAUGACCUGCGCUUCCGGCUGUUCUACCGACACCAUGGCCUACUUGGCCAUCACCUGUGACAGCACAAUCACCGACGGCGUGAUUGUUGCAAACGGGAUCUUGAACUCCGCUGCGGUGAACCUGGUUGGGGCCUCCCCGGACUGGACGGCCACCAUCGACGCCUCGAGCCUGCAGCCGGGGCGGCACUACAGGCUUUGCACCGACUUAGAUGGUGCCACUGGGACGAUGCCGAUGGGCUCGAAUGACUUCCUUUGGUAUGUCUCAGGCGUGUCCGGGCUGCCUCACUACAAGUUCGGACUGAAGCAGCAGCAAGGAGUGUUGCGGGCCACGGGACAGGUGGUGCGCUUGGUGUGUGCAGACUGUACCAACACCAGCGCAGUCUACCUGGGACUCACGUGCGACAGCACCGACUUUGAUGGCUCCCGGACUGGAGGUUCAGGCCACGGCGGGGCGGAUUCCUCGCCGCUGGCCGACUACGACGGGGUUUGGGGCGCCGCCUUCGACGUGACGGGCAUGGCGCUAGGUGUGAGUUACCAGCUCUGCCUUGACAUGGACGGCGCCGGGCAGGACCUGGCAUUUGGCUUUACGGGGCAAACGAUUUACGUCAGCGCAAUCGUCUCUACUCCAAAUGUCGCAGUCUCCAACAGCUUCGGUGCCAACUUGGAUCUCUCCUGUGAAUCUUCGAGUGCCUGUCCUUCGACGGCGCUGAUGUACCUGGCGCGUUGGAGCACUGAGUGUGCCAUUGCAACAAGCGCGCAGAUCUUUGCGAGUGGCGCCGCCCAGACAGCGGCCGCGCUCCUGCAAGGUGAUACCAGCACCACUAGCCGGUACCAGGAGGUCGACGCAACGGGCUUGGCCUUUGGAGAGACCUACCAAAUUUGCGUCGACCUUGAUGGCUUUUCCUCCAGCACGGUGGGAGGUGCCACUUAUGCAAAGACAUUUGGCUGGACUGGGAUUUCCGUUUACCUCACCUCCGUGACGGCGGUUACGCCCCUCAAGAUUGACAACGCAGCGGCUCAGGAAAUAACUCUCACCUGCAUCAACGGCAAUGCGGGCUGUCCACAGUCUGCCACAUCCAUAUAUCUCACAAGCGAGGGACGGUGUGAGGACUUGAUUUACGACGGAUCUCAGACUACCUCGAACAGCUCACGGACCAUAUCCACGAUUGUAUUUCAGCCAACAGGCACCACCCAGCAAGCGGUCCAAUUUGACGCAACUGCGCUGAGAGUGGGUGACCUGUAUGAGCUUUGUGUGGACUAUGACGGGGCGACCACCAGCUUGGGCUUCGGCCAAUCAGGGGUGAAGCUCUAUGUUGCAGGGCCCAUGCUCAUCGCCGCAGUGCGACAGCUGCCGCGCACAGUGGAUCCGAGCAGUGCUCAGUAUGUGGUGCUGGAGUGCAGCUUGGGCUGCUCCGAGAACAGCACUGCCUAUGUAGCCUUGACCUGUGACACGAGCUCCUGGGAUGGUGCAAAGGCCGCCACCGCUGGCAGCAACACGGCCUCUGUGCCAUUGACCCAGGUGGGCUCGAAUAUGUGGCGCGUGGAUUUUGAUGCCACAGGGCUAGCACCAGGUGAGGGUGCUCAGUUCUCCGGCGAUGCAGGAGUCUCGGUGUACAUGAACCCCUUUACGCCUGCCAUGGCGAUGGCGCUGCCAGCUGCCUCUAGUCAGGAGCUGAUUCUGUCUUGCAUCUGGGGUGGCUGCAGCACCAGCAGCGGAGCAUACCUGGCCCUCACCUGCGACAUCUCCGCGGGCUUCCCUGGCUUUGCAAAGACCAGUGGCGGGGCUCCCGAAGUCGACGCCAACGGGGAGGAGAACACGGAGAACGGCUUUCUUCAGGCGAGUGGCAGUGACUGGUCUCUGACCUUGGACACCAGCUUGCUGAUCGAGGGCUCCUAUUAUGUGCUUUGCGCGGACAUGGAUGGCGGGCCUGGGUCCGGCCAGCCCGACAGCAACCCCUUGCUGGUCGGUGAAACCUUGGAAGUCUACAUCACAUCUGUCCAGAGCCUGCUGACCCAAGUCAUUCUCGCAGCUGACCAGCAACGUCUUGUGUUGAGUUGCACGAGCUGCAAUGAGACGAUUCCGACGGAGGUCUACCUGUCAGACGUGUGCGACACUUCUGCAGACGGUUCUGUACAGGCCAUCCUGGGAUCAAGGACUGCAUCUGUGACUCUCCAGCCCCUGAGUCAUCCUCUCUGGGAAGUACUCGUGGAUGCCUCUCAUUUGGCCGGAGGUCGGGACUACCGACUGUGCGUAGACCAGGACGGCAACGAGACGAGGCUCCGCGGGGGCGAUGCGCAGCUCUCCGUGUCCGUGAGCGGCGUCGUCGCCGUGGGCUCUGCGCCGCUGAUGCCUGGCCCGGCGGAGGCGCGAGCGGGUGUACAGUGCUCCGCGCAGGGCGCCUGCUCCUCCGUCUCGAAGGUGUACCUGGCGAAGAGCUGUGACACCAGCCUCAGCACAGGCAUCGUGUCUGCCAGCGGGGAGGAGUAUUCUUCCAGCUUUGCCAUGAGUGGCAGUGGUACAGACUUCACAGUGGCGGUGAACACUUCCCGUUUGCAGCCUGGCCGUCAUUACAAGGUUUGUGCUGACGUCGAUGGUCUUGACCCUCUUCUCAUGGUGGAUAGCCUUCAGGAGGUCUUCAUCUCGCCGCUGGUGCCGGGGCAUCCAAAGAUCGAUGGACCCUGGCCGAGUGUGCAGCGCGCGCCAGCACAGGUGUGGGCCUGA